AUGUAUGAUUGCAUCAAAAUACCCAAAUCGGCAGUUGGUCGUCUAUAUAUGAGUUUGAGACUUCAGAGCUCUGAAAAUUCAGAUGCUUCCAUUCUCCUGAAAAUUCAUAUCAAGGAAGUGAAGUACCUUCCUUUGAAUCAAUCAUCUGGUUCUUCUUUCUUGAAACCAAAUAGAUAUUAUGUUGAGGCUGAACUUAAGGCAGUUGGACCGAAGCCUCCCACAUCGAGCUUUUUUCCUCCUUAUGCAUUAAACUCUGAAUCAAGAAUGCAAGGUUUUCGUUACUUGCUUCAUUCACUUUAUGAUGGAAUAGGCAGUGUUAGAACCGAUAUCGCUGAGGGUUUUCACAGCGUUCAUUUUGACCAAACACUUAUUCUUCAAGUACCCAAACUCACGUUUGGAUUGAGUGAUGAAACACAUUCUAAUGGAAAGGCUGAUGCACAAAAGCAGUAUGAGCUUCACAUGACUCUUUUUCAUUGUGGACACUCCGAUUGGUAUAGGCGUGACACCGCACUUGGGUCUUCUCCAAUUGCGCUUUCAAGCCAGCUUCUGCAAAAUUUGUCUUCCAAUAUAAAACAAGAUUUGAUAAUAGACUUGUUUCCCACCGAAGAAGAACAAGGAAGGCAGAAUCGAUUUAGUUAA